GCCUUUGCGCCACUCGCCCAGCCGGAGGGGGGGCCCGAGCCGAAGCCCGCCAGCAGCCCAGCCCGCCAUGAGCUCCAUCCUGGACGUCAGCACUCUCUACGAGAACCUGUACAACCUGUCGCUGAGCGAAGAGCACGAUGCACCUGGAUCUCACCUCUCCCGGCGCCACUCGGCCUGCUCCUCCGACACACCCUACAGCAGCGGGGAUGCUUCCUUGCUCUGGCCCCUGCGCAGUCACUGGAGCCCCAGCGCCGAGCAGCUGCGCCCCAUGGCCGAGGAUUCCCGGCGCCCCCCUCUGCGUCCCGACCGCUCGGUCAGCCUCAUCGAGGGCAAGGCCCUGCCGCCGCCGCCGCCGGGCUUCCCGCCCCUCAAACCGAGCGCCCAGGCCCCGGCCCUCUCCUCGCGCUACAAGACGGAGCUGUGCCGCACCUUCAGUGAGACGGGCAAGUGCAAGUACGGGGCCAAGUGCCAGUUUGCCCACGGCCCCGCCGAGCUGCGCGCCCUGAGCCGCCACCCCAAGUACAAGACGGUGCUGUGCCACAAGUUCUUCCAGCACGGGGACUGCCCCUACGGGUCGCGCUGCCACUUCAUCCACUACGCCGAGGAGGCCCGCUUCCACUCGGCCGGCUCCUCGCCGCAGCUCUUGCGCCAGAGCGUCAGCUAUUCCGAGGGGCCGGCUGCCCGCCGGACCUCCCCUCUCCCCAGCUUUCCCGAUCCUGCCUCCUUCGCCAGGGCCCCGUCCGCCUCGCCGCCGCCCGACCUCCUUUCGCCGACUUUCGGCCGCCUGAACUCAGAGCCCGUCCCUCGCAAUUCCACCCUGGGCGAGACCACGUCCGGCUCCAGACUGUGCUUAUCUUGCCGAUGUGGACAAUCCUCCGCCUUGGUCAGCCCAUUCUACUUCUCUGCUGCCCCCGGGACCCCGGUCUCCUCUGCUCUGCCUCGAACCCCCUCCGACAGCUCCCUCUCCGACUUGGAGAGCUCCAGCAGCUCUGACUCGCCUGUCUUCGAUGUGCCCACCCACGGCGGGACCGGGGGGAGCACCCACAGGCUGCCCAUCUUCAACCGGCUUUCUGUCUCGGACUGAGCCGCGUGGACUCGGAACAGCACUGCCGUUGCCACGAGGGGAGCAAUUUGUCAAUCGAUGUCUGUCUGUAAGACUUUCCCACAAUGUCGGAAGGGGGCUAGACCUAUCCACCGGCCCACUGACUGCCUCUUCCAAGCAGGGGCAACCUGUAAAGUCUCAUCCUGAUGUGCGAAUGAGCCCGACGGGGCAGAAGACUCCUCCCUCGUGUGACUUCCCCGCACCUCGUUUCUGCCUUAUACCAUCCGACAGUGCCUGCAAGGGUUGCUUUUCAAGAACCCAAAUCGGUCUUGGUCUGUUAUCGGUGCCCCUCCGCCACAAUGCACUUGAAGGGGGCCCUACAGUUAAGGGGGGGGAGAGUUUGUGCGGUUGGCGGGGAGAUCGGUAGAGUGACCGAGGGGAGCCUUUACACUGGGGUGGUGACCCAAGACUCUCCGUGCUUUCUCGUGUAGAUCGUAGCCAUGUUAGUCUGCGGUAGAAGAGCCAGAUUUGGGUUCAGUAGCACCUUAGAGACCAACAGCAUUUUUGAAAUAGGAGCUUUCAAGAACCAGCGCUCCCUUCGUCAGCAUCUCACGUGAAUUCCCCUCUACCCCAAACACUGCUAGACGUGAGCUCCCCGCCUCCUUUUCCCUCCGUCAGGGCAGUAUCUGGGAACGGAGAAAGCAGAUCAGAUAGUUUCUUGUUCUCUUCAGUGAUCAGCUGGAAGCGAGAGGACUGCAGGCAGAUUACCUUCUCUCUUUCGCAAACGGAUGGAGACGGAGAAGGAAAAACCAGGGGCGGGGGGGGGAGAGACAUGGAGAGAAAGGGGUUGGGGGUUCGGUAGCCAUUGUCACUUUAUAAGGUGGGUGUGGCCUGCGGCUUGCUCUGGGCUUUCUUGCCUUACGUCACGUAACCCAGCGGUGAAAAAAUAAAAUAAAAUAAAAAGCUGUGCCUUGUUAUCAAGAGUGCCAUUUUAGGCUCUUGCUGGGCAGGGGAGACCAAGCGGAGGGGGGAAUCGAGAUGCCAGCAAGGCUGAACAAUCUGGCCCUCCAUCUCACUCCUCCCCGUAAGCCUUGAGUUGAGACGCAGCCAGUAGGGUUAGCACCCAGCCCAGUUCCUUUCCUCGAGACAAGCCUGCCAGUAUUAGAAACACCCACUGCUUCCUGGGACUACUGUACCAGAGGAGUGUAAGGUGCAAUGCCUCCAUCUGUCCCCCCCCCUCCCCACCAAAGUCUUUAGUCACAUCUGGGAAGGGGGCAGAUCUGUUGCCUCUUUUUUGGGGGGGAGAGGGGGCAUUCAGUGCCUGAACAUUCUCCACCAACCUGUCCUUAGUUGCAUAUAAGUCCAAGGGUGGAAAAUGGACAGUUCAUGUAGCAGAGGAAUCUUUCUGGUUGGGUAGGGAACACGAAAUACAGGCUUAAGUGUGAGAGACAACUCCAGAAGAGCCAUCUUGGGGGCUUGAUGUCUGUUGUUUGUUUUAAAUGGAGGGGGGGACAUUAAAUAAAACAAUCUCGUUUCUUGACUAAAUACUGUGAAAUACCCCCAGGUAACAAAGAGGUCGAGCAUUUUGGAGUGUGGGCAGCGGGAACGGGCGCGUGCACACUACCCUUUAAAUGACCUCUUGACUUUUCUAAAAGGGUAGUUUUAAUUUCUCCCUUAAAACCAGAUUGAUUGGCGCCGUAGCACCUUCGAUCGUUAUCCUACGAAACGACGCCUGUGAUUUUUUAAAAAAAUCCGUUCAGUCUGCAAUCUCGCCCAGCCUCCUCCACUGGAAAAUCCACUCUCUGUCCGUCGCUCCUCUGCUAUCCUCGGUUUCCCGUGUGGAGUCGCUUUAAGUAGACCCACGGGGAGGCUCAGGAAGUUGACUCUGAAACUCUCCAGGUGGAGAAUCAAGACAAUCUCGGCCCGAACCAACAGGAAGUCCCUGGCGGACUUCGCCAGGAGAAGGUGCUCUUAGGGUAGACCCUGGCAGAGGUUGUGUGUGUCUUGUCAUCAACCACUCAGCGUCCGAGGACUGGCUCCUCCCUUUGUUUAUCCCCGGACUUAUUCAGCGGGAUCAGUUAUCUCUAGGUUAUUAUAGCAGACUCGGGUUAGUUUACACCGUAGAGGGACGUCCGCAGACAGAGCCCCUACAGAGUGAGGGGCUAUCUACACAAUGGCGAAGUAAAAUCGCGAUGCCACGAUUCCACGGGCAUGAAGACGUAGCGGGAUCUGCAGUCUUUUUAGCGAGGGAUGUUGAUUCUGGGUAGUUGUAGAUUCCUAAUCCAGAGACCAAAUUGCAAGGGGGGGGAACCCCCAACAAAACUCUCUCCCCGUUAUUUGCUGAAAUCAACUGAAGUCUGCUGGGAUCAAUGAAACCGUUAUGGGGUGGGGUGGGGAAUCGUUUCCCUUUUCUGAAUCGACAUUCAUGCUAACCGCCCGCAUUUAACUGUCGUGUUGUGUUGAUUGUUGUUGCGUGCGUGUUUUUCAGAGAGGCCCUCGACGUUUACCUUGUAACGAUGCAAACCAAAAAAGAAAAGAAAAGCAGAAAACUAUUUAUAGACUCUUAUUUAUUCAAGACAGAAUUUUAUAUGAUAUUUAUCUUUUUUUUGUAAUAUUCCAAAAUAAUAUAUAAUUAUAUAUAUAUAUAUAUUUUCUCGUGUUGGAAAA